AUGGCAGCCUUAAAUAAUAUUUCACCGAUGAACCCAUUCCAAGAAUUUAUGGGGGUAUUGCCCCUGAAACAAGCAAAGGAGACUGAGAAGUUGGACAUGCAGCAGAGCCUAAAUGAGAAACCUUCAUUGUGCCCAAUUGGCAGUAUGCAGAAAGUGAACCAGAAAAUUGCACAUUUGCGACUGGAGCUGGAAAAAUUCCACACUGGUGACCUGGUGAUUGAGGACUUGGAAUCAUUAAAGAGAUACUCUGGACAGAAGAGCUUCAGAAGAGAGAAAAAGCACUUCAAGACAUCCAGGGACAGAGACAGAGAUAGGAAGGAGAUAUGCCACUUUGCCCAGAAGUAUGAGCACUCUAUGCAUGCGUCAGACUUUGACCUACUAUCUCAGACCAAGCUCACCUACAAGAAGCCUCAGAAUACAUCAGAAAAGAACAAGCUGGUGGAACUGUAUCAAUACCCAGGAUACAACGAGCAUGAGCCAACACCGCUGCCUAAUGGGACGGAGCUGGCUGAAGUCAUAGAGAAGGUGGUGUGUGCCCAGAGAAAGUCAGCAAGUGGGAAGACUCCUUUUCCUUCAAAGAUGCUGCAGAAGUUUCUCACAGCUCCAGUCUCCCAUGCUAUCCUGUUGGACAGCUUCUGGUGGUUUUUUCUCCACUUAUAUCAGCCAAAUAGAGAGAUUCAGGGACGGCUGUUUGAUCGCAUUGCAAAGAAUUAUGCCGCCCUCCUGUUUGACUGUCACAAGUUCCGCUACCAGAAUGCUCUUAUUAAAGUUUUCCCUUCAUUGCUGAGCCAAACCUUGUACACUUGCUUCUGCUCCUGCUUUCCAAGAUCCUGGUUCAAUACACAUGAGUUCAAGUCCCAGCUCUGCAAUGUGCUGUCAGAGUGGAUGGCAGGGACACUGCCUGUCCCAGGGAGCUACAGUAACUGGGACUACUCCCAUCUGGAACCAGAGAGAUUUAGGAGGGAAGACUUGCUGUCAACAAAGGGAAAGCAGAGGACAGAAUCCUCUGUCCCCUUUGCUUCCUCAAAGGCUUCUGACAACCCAGAAAAGACUCCUCAGCCAUCCAUUCAACCAUACAAGAAAUCCAUGUCUUUGGGCCAAACUGUUAACAAGUACCAACCUGAUCAAACAAGCGUGGACCUCGACUCCAAGGAAGUUGUACAUGCAUCUAUGUCCUUGAAAGGCAUCAAUCCUCAUACCAUGCCACAUGAUCUGCAGCCUGAAAAGGAUGACCUGAAAAGUGCUUGGAAGCAGCCCCAACGCACAUUUGAAACAAGGCGGCUAAAGAUCGCCCCCCUUCAUAGAGAGUCACACCCAGCUUGUCAGGGCCCUGACUUCACUUGGCAUCUCUUUAACAUCAAUGGACACAGCCCACUAAUUCAGCACUUCCUCCAGAGCUAUAAUGUUGAACCACAGUCUGGACAAGACAUCUUGAUUCACAGGAGGGAGAUCUGCAAGCCUAUACCGGAGUCCACCCCAACCUAUUCAGAUGUGAUCCGACAAGGUUUUAAUCAUAUUCGCCAUCUGGACAAUGCCUUCAAAACAGUGCACCAGAGACACUGCAGAGAAAUGAAGGAUUUUGACCAGCACCAGUGGAAGGAGAAGCAAGAAUUCCUCAGAAAAGAGAAGCAAUUGCUGUCAGAGAAAAGAGAGAUGAAGAAGCUGAACCAAUUGUUGACCCCUCGCCUGGAUGUACUCUUCAGUUCUGACAAGUCUUCAAGUCUGUCACAGAAGUGUCUUCAUCCAGAAACAGCCAAACAGUAA